UAAGCAGGAUCCCGUCAUAGCCCGGACUCAUUUAGAUGUAGCACCGGCUCUAUGAGUUUGGCAUCGCUGCAUAGAUCCGAGAAGAUCUUAAAACAGCGAUAUUAAAAUACGUCAACUCUCAUAUCAGCGACGUCAAGAGGGGCAGUUAAUCCCAUCAGCAUGGCGGAAAACAUAAUCAUCCGUGUCCAGUCUCCAGAGGGGAUGAAAAAAAUCGCCUCAACAAAGCGAGAGACGGCUGCAGCUUUCCUCAAGAAGGUUGCCAAAGAGUUUGGGUUCAGUUCAAAUGGUUUCUCUAUCUACCUGAACCGGAACAAGACUGGAGAGAUUCUGUCACAGAACAAGACUCUCAGCCUGCUGAAAAUCAAGCAUGGCGACAUGCUCUUUCUUUUUCCAUCCUCAGCUGGACCCUCCAGUGAGAACAUGGACACAGCUCAGCCUCACACCUCUUCUUCCUACCCUUCCUUCCCUUCAUCCUCUUCAUCGUCAUCUUCCUUAUCCCGUUCACACUCUGCACCACAGAUCCAGGAGGACGAGAUUGACCAGUAUCUUUCCAAACAGGAAGGAAAGAUCUACAGAAACAAAGACCCCCAGCUGUGCCAACAUGGUUCUAUGGGGAAAUGUGUUCACUGCGUACCUUUAGAGCCUUUCGAUGAAGACUAUCUGAACCACCUCGACCCACCGGUCAAGCACAUGUCCUUCCACGCCUACAUCCGGAAACUCACCGGCGGAGCAGACAAGGGGAAAUUUGUGGCUCUUGAGAAUAUCAGCUGUAAGAUUAAAUCUGGCUGUGAGGGACAUCCGCCCUGGCCAGAGGGCAUCUGUACCAAGUGCCAACCCAGCGCCAUCACCCUCAACAGACAGAAAUAUCGACAUGUGGACAACAUCAUGUUCGAGAAUCAUACCAUUGCGGACCGUUUCCUUGACUUCUGGAGGAAGACGGGUAACCAGCGGAUGGGGUAUCUGUACGGACGCUACACAGAGCACAAAGACAUCCCUCUCGGCAUUCGAGCUGAGGUUGCCGCCAUUUAUGAACCUCCUCAGAUUGGAACCCAGAACAGCUUGGAGUUGAUUGAAGACCCCAAGGCAGAAGCAGUUGAAGAGAUUGCUGCAAAACUGGGCCUACGGAAGGUGGGGUGGAUUUUCACAGAUCUUCUGUCAGAGGACACCAGAAUAGGCACUGUCCGCUACACCAGAAACAAGGAUUCAUUCUUCCUGAGUGCUGAGGAGUGCAUCACAGCCGGUCACUUCCAGAACCAACAUGCCAAUGCAUGUCGGCUUUCCCCGGAUGGCCAUUUUGGAUCCAAGUUUUUCACAGUGGUGGCAACAGGUGGUCCCGAUAACCAGGUGCACUUUGAGGGGUAUCAGGUUUCCAAUCAGUGCAUGGCUCUGGUGAGGGAUGAAUGUCUACUGCCCUGCAGAGAUGCUCCUGAACUGGGUUAUGCCAAAGAGUCCAGCACAGAGCAAUACGUCCCUGAUGUCUUCUAUAAGGAUAAAGACAAAUUUGGCAAUGACAUCACACAUUUAGCCCGACCACUGCCAGUGGAGUACUUGAUCAUUGACAUCACUACCACUUUCCCAAAGGACCCUGUGUUCACUUUCUCCUCUACUCUUCGCUUCCCCAUCGAAAACAGAGAUGCUCUGGGAGAGACCCAGGACUUCCACAGUUUAGCGACAUAUCUUUCCCAGUGUUCUUCCUCCUCCUCCUCCUUCCUGGACAUUGUCUCAGACUUCCAUCUGCUUCUCUUUCUUGUCACCAAUGAGGUCAUGCCCUUACAGGACAGCAUUGGACUUCUGCUGGAUGCAGUGAAGACAUCCAAUGAGGAGCUGGCUCAGACCUGGAAGAAAUCUGAGCAGUGGGCCACAAUCGAGCAGCUCUGCAGCACAGUUGGAGGGCAGCCGUCGGGAUCUCUGGAUUAUGCCAUGGGCGGCCCAACUCUCCCCCAGGCCUCUUCAGCUGUGUGGUCCUGCCUCCACUGCACAUUCAUGAACCAACCUGGCACAGAGCACUGCGAGAUGUGCAGUUUGCCCCGCAGCUAAAACCCCACGAAUCCAGGCUGCACUGUACAUCCCACCGGGAACAGCAGUGAGAGUGGGCGUGCUUCCCUGUAUUCCUGCCAUUUUAGUAUGCCUAAUUCUUAACUCCUCUCCUCCCUCACGGACUGUGUCGCAUCUAAUGCUGAUGCCAGCCGUGUGCCCGAAUAUGCGCCCAAUCCAAUGCUGUGAGCUGCAUCACUUUGAUGAUGAUUGAUAGCCGAAGAUGAUGGAUUGUACCCAUGUAGCACUCUCUGUGUGAGCCCAGUGCAUUCUGGGACUUUUAUUUUGACAAAGCACUUGGGUGAAGCUCCUUCCACCCUCCUUAUUUCCCUUUGCGGUCCAAAAUAACCAUUCAGCACCAUUGGUGAAACACAAUCAGUUUUUCUGAUAUUAAACGUCUUUCCCUAACUCUCACUGAUGUUGUUGUGUAUAUAAUAAACCGAGAAGAAAUAAUACUCUUA